AUGGGUGGAUUAAUACCACUUCUUUUGCCGGCGGCGAACAACCGGUCAGCAGUUUCUGCCCAGGCGACUCAAGUUAAAAGACCAGUAUCCCUCAUGACGCCUCAUGUUCCGAGUAGUAUGGGUCACCGUCGACAACAGUCUGUUCCCAUGGGAAAAGCAGCAGCACGGCUUUCUAUUACGACACCAGCUUCUCCGGCCAAUGUCCCAGAAACCCAAGAGGACUGGAGGGACGCCAUCAAUGAGGUCAAGCGCAAGUAUAUCAGCCGCAAAUACCGCACAUGCUCGGCAAGGUGUUCUGAGAUUUUGGACAAUCUAAAGGAUACAUCCAAUGUAGAGACCCUUCACCUCAUAUAUCUACAUUUCUACGCCGCAUCUUCCUCUGAAAUGUGUGCACGACCUCUAUCGCAAUCAUCCGCCUACCGAACCAAGCUCCUGGAUGAUGCGCGCGACAACUACGACAAGGCUUCGGCCCUCAUCAAAAAGGCCGAGGAUAUUGCUGUUGAAAAGUCGAGAUCGGGCAGCUCACUUUCGGUGACUCCCAGCCUGAGCUCUUCUUCAAGCGCAAGCCCCCGGUCAUCAACCAUUUGCACAUCCCCAUCUACACCACGGGACUCGAUAUCUUCAGCCGAGGACCUGAACACGGAGACUCAGCCUGCCAAGCCAAAGAAGAAGAAGAAGGUUUCAUUCUCCAGCCUUCCAGGAAUUGACAUUCCCAAGUACGAACCUCAAGCAGAGCCCCAUGUUCGACCAGACAGCCCUACUCUGGGGUGGGCCCCAUUUGGACACGGAGCAGUCGCCGAGGAAGCAGUCGUCUGCAAGCCCAUGGCCAUCACAAUACCCAAGGCGGCCGACUCACCAAGCUUGCUGUCCCCUAUUCUGAAAUCAGUUCCCGAAAAGACGUCUCAAAACAGAGAUUCUUUCGACCUCGAGUCCUUCCUCCAAACCCGGUCCAUAAAUCGCAUCAUUUCACAACUCUCGGCACUUCGAUCUCAAGUAGCUUGGCACCGUGACAAUAUCGACGCCCUACUCACCGAGUCGGAAGAGGCCCCAGAGAUCCCGGAAACGCCGUCCUUGCCGGAAAUGCCAUCUCUCCCAGGUCUGACGCCGCCCGGCACCGGCUCCUUGAGCGCCUCGGACGGCGGUGACGACCAGCCCAGCACGCCGCUGUCGGCGGCCCUGACGCCUCACACGCUCGACAGUGCCCUCUCGCAGCAGCUCAAGAGCUCGUUUGGGGCCCAGGCCAACUUUGACCUGACUUCGGCGCGCCUGUCCAUGUUUGGCGACGCCUGGGAGCGCACCCGCAGCGGGAGCGUGUGCUCGUCCAACUCGGGCUAUUAUCCGCCGCCCCGCGCCGCCAGCCAGAUGAGUAUGCGCAGCAGCGCCGGCGGCGACGAGAACCUCCAGAAGCGCAUCGAAAAACUCCGGGCCAAUGGGUGGCAGAGAAAGAGGUUCGAUAGCCGGAGGUACGAGGCGUUGCGGGAGCAAGUUCUAAGUGAGCUUGGGCCUUGA